UUUCUAACCAACAGGGAACAUCCGACCUGCUACAUCUCCAUCCACCAUCACAUAGCAAGAUGGCGACUCGGACGCUGGAAUCGCGCUUUGAGCGCAUGUCGGUAAACGACGAGAACGAGCCUGUCGAUGGCGGCAAGCUCUACUCCAAGACUCAGACUUUGGUGAAGACAUCACAGCUCUCCCAGAGCUCGAGCAGACCGAACCUCAUCAAGGUCGCCCUCCAGUCCCAGAGCACCAACGCCGUCGCCUCGGUAACGCUGCCGUCACAAAACGCACAACGACAGGCCAAGAACCCGGCAUCGCCCGCAAGAAAACCCCUGCCGUCCAGCUCCUCGAGAACGUCCGACGAGGUUGUCGAGAUCGAGCGCAAGUCUGGCGUCUCCAUCGUCAUCGAGCCCUCAUUGCCCAAGGUCUUCCACCUCGGCAUGUUUGAGAUUGGCCGGCCCCUGGGCAAGGGUAAGUUCGGCCGCGUGUACCUCGCGAGGGAGCGCACGAGCGGCUUCAUCUGCGCCCUCAAGGUCCUGCACAAGAACGAACUCCAACAGGGCCGCGUCGAGAAGCAGGUCCGCCGCGAGAUCGAGAUCCAGAGCAACCUGCGCCACCCCAACAUCCUCCAGCUGUACGGCCACUUCCACGACAGCAAGCGCGUCUUCCUCAUCCUCGAGUUCGCCGGCAAGGGCGAGCUGUACAAGCACCUGCGUAAGGAGAGCAGGUUCCCCGAGUGGAAGUCGGCGCAGUACAUUGCCCAGAUGGCCUCGGCGCUGCGCUACCUGCACCGCAAGCACGUCAUUCACCGUGACAUCAAGCCCGAGAACAUCCUCAUGGGCAUCCAUGGCGAGAUCAAGAUUUCCGAUUUCGGCUGGAGCGUCCACGCCCCCAACAACCGCCGCAACACCAUGUGCGGUACCCUCGACUACCUGCCCCCAGAAAUGAUCAAGCCCGGAAGCUCGGACAACUACUACAACGAGAAGGUUGAUCUCUGGAGUUUGGGUGUCUUGACGUAUGAAUUUCUCGUUGGCGAGGCACCGUUUGAGGACACGCCCGUGAUGACGCAGCGGAGGAUAGCUCGGGCUGACAUGACGGUUCCGUCCUUUGUCAGUCCCGAGGCCAAGGACUUGAUCAAGAAGUUGCUUGUUCUCGACCCCGAGAAGAGAAUACCCCUGGAGCAGGUCCAGACCCACCCGUGGAUCGUCAAGCACUGUGUGAAGGGCGAGAGAGCCGCCAACCGUGAGAAGAGCUCCUAA